UGAACUGUGCAAAACGUGUUCAAAUACAUACUUGGCAAAAAUGUUAAAUUCGAAAAUAUUGCAAAUAUUUGUGAGUUAAAUAAAAUGAACUUCCAAGGCACUUGUGCCAGACUAAAUUAGUGGCCGAGCUAUGGCUGAGUGCGCUAGUGGGAUUUUAGCGAGCUAAUUGCUUUCCGCUUUCGGCUAUCCUUUGGCUUCUUGACUUCUCGCUCAUCUACUAUUCACUCCAUUGCGCUAAAGUGGACAAGUUGAAGGCCCGAAAUUUAAAAAAAUACUAUUUAAUAAAUUUAUAAUCACUUUCUGGUGAUUUCGAAUAGUUUUAGAAAAAUAAAUAAAACAUUUUUUAAAUAAAGUGCGCUUCACUUAGACAAUAACGCUUGCCACCAGCGGUUGGUCGCAACAGUUUCGUUUCGUAUAAAAAAUUCUCGACAGUGGCACGUGCCGGAUGUGCGAAUGAAAACGUGAUAACAACAACACGAACAACCAGCUUACUUCGCUAGUGAAAAUUAAGUAAAAAAUAUCAAAUGGGAGCCAAAACUUGAAAGCGAAAUAGCGCCAACGGAAUUGUAAUUGUAAAAUCGUGAUUGCACCUGAAUCAGGGCAGAGCUGAGUGAAAUUUUUGGCUCGGCGCGUUGUCUGUCAUUAUUAGAUCCGCUCAAGUGCAAACGUGCAGAUGUAGAGGCGCAUAAAUUUUAAUUAAAGCCCCAAACGCAUUCCCUAAGAGCAGCUUGCGCUUUCCGCGCCUCAGCCAACGGUUUCCGCCAUCAAAUCGGCAUCAUCAUCAGCAAUAUCCGCUGCGAUAGCGGAACAGUGGAUUCGAGAAGACAGUGAAAUUACCUCUGCCAUAAGUUGUGAAAUAUUUCAUACUCGUUAAGCUGAAAUGGCAUAAUCGUAUGCGUGGCGUACAAAUAAUUGCAGCUAACAGAAGGCGAAUUAAUUAGAUCGAAUCUUAAGCUCCUAAAAGUAAAAACAAAUCCAAAAAAACACACACGCUGUAAUACGAAGGUUCGGUAGUGAUUUAUAUGAAAAUAUUCUAAAGAAAUAAAUACCCAAUUAGCAGCACUAAAACGCUUAAACGCAUUAAAAUUUAGGAAUAAAAUUUAAUUAAAAUUAAUUAUAGAGUGAAAGUGAAAAUUUGUAUCGAAAUUUAAUGAAAGCCAACGUAAAAUUUUAAUUAUAAGCAAAUGAAAAUGUAUGCAUUUUAAUUAAAUUCACUAAUGCGUUUCGAAGUUGAAAUUCUCAUAAGAUAGUCAAAAUGUUCAAUUGUGACGAGCGACGACGAGUUCAACGUCAAAGUGCCCAACAGCCUUUGUUAAGUGAACUGCAGUUCAACGAAGCGUGUUGUUGUCGGUCGCUUAGCUGCAUCCGAGAAUAACGUACGGUGGAACAUUCCGCCCACAUAGCCACACAACCGGCCAUACACUCACACACACACGGCCAAUGCACACAUGCAACUGAGCAGCAAAAACAAAUGCGUUCGUUUUUCUCUUCAAGCGAGUGAGUUGCUGCCAUUGAGAAGCAGACAAGCGAAAGCGGCAAAAAGAGGCACCAACAGCCGAAGCAACAGUUAAAGCCACAACGCGCCUAAAAGCCGGCAACACUACAAAGUUUAUUGGCAUAAAAAAUCAAAACAGCAGAAAAACCACAAACACCAUUAAGCAGAGUAAACGGCGAGGAAAAGAGAGCUAACGAGUGCGGAACCAAAGUGGUAAACAGUUGUGAAAAACAAAAAGGACAAACACCUUACAGCAGGGCAAGUAAGCAGCAGAAAAGGAAGAAGAAGAAGAAGAGUGAAGUACGGAGAGAAUACAAGCAAAAGGCAGGCAAUUGAGAAAAACAGACGAAAACACUCAAAGAGACGUUUAAGUGCAAUAACAACGACGCCAACAACAAACACUUGAACGAUAACAAAACUGUAGCGGAACAACUGCAACAUCAACAACACAACCAACAGCCAUAUCGCCCACAAAAACAUCAAUAAUAACAGGGACCAACAAAAAAGAGGCGCCGACAAGCAAUCCAAAAAACUGCAGCGGAAAAGCGGGGCCAAGGAACGGCUGAUCGAAGUGAGGGAAAAAGUGGCGCUAGAAAAACAUAAAAAACAAACUUUCAUGCCAACUUCAGAAUUUUUGCUUACAAAUAUCACUCUACAUCUAUCCACUAAAAAAGGACAAACACAACUUUAAGUGGAGCUUGUGAGCGCAAGGCGUAAUAAAGGAAACCAGCGCAAAAAGUUUGAUUCCUUAGUGUUUGAGUGCUACAAGUGCUGCCAACAGAGCACCACCUCCACAUGCUUCCGUAAUAGUGAAGAAAAAUUGAGUAAAAGAUUUAAAAACCAUAAGAGGCAACGACCAACUGCCAGCUGCCGUUGUGACUGUGAAGGGUCAACGACUGCAGAUAAAAAAAAUUUCGACAAGCACAAAAAUAGAUAAUCAUUCGGCGGCUGAAAUAGCAGUACUCAAGAAUGUACCCACUAAUGUUGUAAUAGUGACUGCUACAGAUGUGAAUGAUGCACUAUGAAGCAACGAAAAAUUGUAAAGCACAGCGGUUGCACUACAUCUGAAUACAAUUCGCGCGCGCACUGCUCCGCUCAACAAGCAUCGGCAUCAUCAAUUGAACUCUUACUACGUCGCCACUCGGUAUUCUACACAACUCUUUCUAUGGUGAAACAUUAACUUAUCUUAAAAAAACGCUUUGAAAGUUAACAUACCAAAUCACAAAGCAGACUAAAUAGAAUUAUUGCAAAAUAUGACAGGUGUAAGUGUGUGUCGGGUCGUAUACGUAAAAUUAGAGAAUUAAGCUUUUGAAGAUUCGAAAUCUAACAAGGUGGCAUUUCCACAAGAAUUUAACGUGAUUUCACCAACGAGAAACGCAUUUAGCUUCCUUUGCCACUCUCAUCCAUAAUCUGGGCGUAGCGCCACUGUGAACAAUCAUUCAUAACAAACUACGUAAAAUCACAAACGAUUUCCAAUUAAAUUUAAUUACAUUGUGCAAAUUGAAUUCGGUGUGCAGCAAAUGCAUUUGGUUGUGGUAAUAAUGAGUUUCCUAAAAGCGAGUAGCCACCACGCCGCAGCUUCCACUCUAACUGUUGUCACGUGGUUGACGCUAGGAUUUGGAUUAUUAAUCUCAUUGCCAGUUUGCACAGCUGGCCCGCAUGAGAAACGCCUACUGCACGCCCUGCUCGACAACUACAACAGUUUGGAGCGCCCCGUUGUGAAUGAAUCCGAUCCACUACAGCUGAGCUUUGGGCUGACGCUAAUGCAAAUCAUUGAUGUGGACGAGAAGAAUCAAUUGCUAAUAACAAACAUUUGGCUCAAAUUGGAAUGGAAUGACAUGAAUUUGCGUUGGAACUCAAGCGAAUAUGGUGGCGUCCGAGAUCUACGAAUUCCGCCACACAGACUGUGGAAACCGGAUGUGCUCAUGUACAACAGCGCCGAUGAGGGGUUCGAUGGCACCUACGCCACCAAUGUUGUGGUCCGUAACAAUGGUUCGUGUCUCUAUGUGCCGCCCGGUAUUUUCAAAUCCACCUGCAAAAUCGACAUCACAUGGUUUCCGUUCGAUGAUCAACGCUGUGAGAUGAAGUUCGGUUCAUGGACAUAUGAUGGCUUUCAGUUGGAUUUGCAGCUGCAAGACGAAGCCGGCGGUGACAUUUCAAGUUUCAUAACGAACGGCGAAUGGGACCUACUAGGUGUACCCGGUAAACGAAAUGAAAUCUACUAUAAUUGCUGCCCAGAACCUUAUAUUGACAUAACGUUCGCCAUUUUAAUACGACGGAAAACUUUGUACUAUUUUUUUAACCUUAUUGUGCCGUGCGUGCUGAUAGCUUCAAUGGCACUGCUAGGGUUCACACUGCCCCCCGAUUCUGGUGAGAAGCUCUCGCUAGGAGUUACAAUUCUACUAUCGCUAACAGUCUUCCUCAAUAUGGUGGCCGAAACGAUGCCAGCGACCUCAGAUGCAGUGCCGCUCCUAGGAACUUAUUUCAAUUGCAUUAUGUUUAUGGUGGCCUCAUCAGUUGUGUCAACCAUACUUAUCCUCAAUUAUCAUCAUAGAAAUCCAGAUACGCAUGAAAUGAGUGAAUGGAUAAGAGUAAUAUUCCUUUAUUGGUUACCUUGCAUAUUGCGGAUGCAAAGGCCGGGACAAGUCGGAUACGAAUGCCCACCGCCGCCAUCGUCAUCGAGCUCGUCUAAUGCCGGCGAUAAGAAGCAUCAACUGCAGAAUGUCGAACUGAAAGAAAGAUCAUCAAAGUCAUUACUCGCCAAUGUGCUGGAUAUUGAUGAUGACUUUCGCUGCAAUCAUCGCUGUGCCAGUGCCACAUUGCCACACCAGCCAACCUAUUAUCGUGCCAUGUACAGGCAAGGCGAUGACGGCAGCGUCGGCCCGGUGGGUCCUGUCGGUCCUGUUGGCCCGGUCGGUGAUGCGCGAAUGCACGAGGCCAUGUCGCACACCUGCCUCAGCUCAUCGGCGGAAUAUGAAUUGGCGCUCAUCCUCAAAGAGCUGCGAUGGAUCACAGAUCAGUUAAAGAAGGAGGAUGAAACGGGCGAUAUCACACGUGAUUGGAAAUUUGCAGCGAUGGUAGUCGAUCGCUUGUGCCUUAUAAUUUUCACGCUUUUCACAAUAAUUGCCACUUUGGCGGUACUUUUCUCCGCACCACAUUUCAUUACAGUUGUAGCUUCGACUUAUGCUUAA